CGCAGUUCCUGCACAACACGUCUGGAAUCUAUUUCUCUCAACCCUCCUGGAAGGACCGCUCUAUCUAGCUCGAUAUUGCUAUCUAAAAACCGCUCCAUCGGCCCCAACUCUCAUCCUGGUCCUGGAAAACCUGGGCACCCUACCGCAGCCAUGAAGCUCGAUGCGACAGACCUCCGCUAUGUUACUUCGGACGAGUUCCGCGUACUCACUGCGGUCGAGAUGGGUUCGAAAAACCACGAAAUUGUUCCCACCGUACUCAUCGUGAAGAUCUCGGGGCUGCGAAACGGAGGAGUCAACAAAAUCCUCGGCUCUUUGGCGAAGCGUAACCUUGUAUCAAGAGUGCAGAAUGCUCGAUACGACGGCUACAGGCUCACUUAUGGCGGGUAUGACUUCCUUGCAAUGCGCGCCAUGUCAAAACGGGACACCGUUCAGUCCGUUGGAAAUCAGAUCGGUGUGGGCAAAGAAUCGGACAUCUACAUUGUCGCAGACAAAGACGGACAGGAGCUCGUUCUCAAGCUUCACCGCCUGGGUCGGAUCUCGUUCCGCGCAAUUAAAUCAAAACGAGACUAUAUGGGCAAGAGAAAGUCGGCGUCUUGGAUGUACAUGUCUCGUCUCGCUGCCGAGAAGGAAUACGCCUUCAUGAAGGUGCUCUACCAACACGAUUUCCCUGUCCCACGCCCCGUCGACCAGGCGCGGCAUUGCAUCCUAAUGGGAUUCAUCGAUGCAUACCCUCUUCGGCAGGUUGCGGACAUCCCGUCUCCAGGGAAACUCUACUCGGAGCUUAUGGACCUUAUUGUCCGGUUUGCGCGCGCAGGGCUCAUUCACGGCGACUUCAAUGAAUUCAACAUCCUCAUCCGCCGCGAAGACGGCAACCCAAUCGUGAUUGACUUCCCCCAGAUGGUCAGCACGUCGCACAAGAAUGCGGAGUGGUAUUUCAAUCGCGAUGUCGAGUGCAUCAGGCGGUUCUUCCGGCGCAGAUUCCGCUACGAGAGCAGCAUCUAUCCCCGAUUCCGCUCAAUUAACUCUGAGAAGAGUGGCGACGGCUCAGAUGAAUGGCACCUCGACCUCGUGGUAGCGGCCAGCGGCUGGAACCAGGGCGAACAGAAAGUGCUGGAGGAGUACAUGGACAGUGUCUCCCAAGAGCAGGAGCACGCAGGAUCCGACGACGACGAGUCCGAAGGCAGCGGCGACGAUGAGGACGGCGAGGGCGAGGAAGAAGGGACGUCGAGCGAAGAGGAGGAGGGCGUCGACGGCAACGAUGGCGCGGGCGCGGACGAGGAAGCCUCGCACAUUCCCCAGGCGGGCGCAGACGCGGAAGCUGCCCAUGAAUCUCGCGAACCGUCGCAUGAAUCUGGAGAACCGUCGGCGCGCACACGCUCGAGGCACGGCGCGGACGCAGCUGACCUGCACGCUGCGGGCAGCUCUGACGCGGGCGACGUGGCUUCGCGCGCAGAUUCGCCGCGAUCUGCGCGAUCGCGCUCCUCGUCGCACUCGUCGUCGCUCGCCGACGGCACGGCCGCGCUGUCGCUCCGCUCGGAACGCGCGCCCCGCCAGCCGUCGGCGGCCGCGUCCAAGGCCCUCUCGGACAAGGUUCAGUCCGAGGUGUCCAAGCAGCGGGCGCGGCAGCAGCGCAAGUACCACUCCAAGAAGAGUGCGGGUGGGCGGCCCAUCGGCAGCAAAAGGAAACAGGACACGAGGGUCCAGGUCGAUAGCGGCGGAUUUUGGGAGUGAUCAGCGCGAUGGUGUACGUCCCUGCUUGGGCGUUGUUUUCCGCUUUCGACGCCGUUGUUGUAACUUCG